GUCAUACUUCCAAAAUUCAGAGGCCUUUUCCUUGCCACCUUUAUUAGAUAAAGUUCAAAGAAAAAAUAGUAUUACUGACACUAACUUCUCUAUCUGGCAAAAUAUCUUUCAGACAAUGGACUUCUUUCUUCCUGCAUUCUUCAUUACCAAGUCCCUUCUACUAGUCGCAACUCUAUUCUGUUUACCUCUCUACCGCUCAUUACAGAUCGAUUCUUCUCACUGGUUUCACCGUCAUCCAAUCUUUUCAAGUUAUCUCUCUUUGAAUGUAGACUCCAGGCAAAGGAAAUCAUGCCUAAAAGUCGAGGGAGAAUAUACUUAGUACAAACAACUCUAUCAAAAAUUGUUCCAUGGUGUCAUUUAUA